GAGAAGAGUUUUUAUUAUCGACACAUUAUCGCUUUGUUUGCCCGGAAGACGCCUGUAAUAUGCAGUUUUCUGUUACGCUAUUUUUUCAAGUGUGCUACUUGUCGCUAAACACGUACGUUUUCCAGAAGUAUACAUCAACAUUGCCAAAAUCUCUAUCGUCCUUUUGACUCAUUUGGAAGCGGUUAUAGUUUAAAAUCUGGUCAUAGCUUUUCUGACCAAACAAAAGCCAAUUAUGAGCCAAUUAUAGCCAAGACCCAGCAAAACGUGUUUUGGAAUUUAGAUUUUUAUCCCACUGUAGUGUUUGGUGUAUAACCUACUUAUUACCCAAAAAACCUAUUCCACCCCACCUGCAUAGUUCACAGGUACCACUAGAGGACGUCGGGCCCUCAUGUCACUAUCAUGGAGUCGGUCUCUGACAGUUUGGUCAGAAACAUGCACACCAGUAGCCUGCUGGAGGUCAUUUUGUAGUGCUCUGGCAGGAGUAGGAGUAGAUACCGGUACUGCUGCAGCGUGGAUGCCUUUCUACGUUCUGUCCAGCUCUCCUUGUGUAAUGGCCCUUCUUCUGGUAUCUCCUCCAUGCUCUUGAGACUACUGGGAGACACCGCUAACCUUCUUGUGGAGCAGAAACGUCCCUCUUAAGGAGAGAUUUCUACGGUGCACUGGUGACCCAGAGAGCUGACUCUUGUCUUGGGAUUAACGUUGGUCCACAAACAUCUAAUAGGUCAACCAGCAUGUCAGAUGACCGGGUUCCUUUAAUUCAUUUGGAGGAUGACACAUCAGGCUUUGGUGAGUAUGGCGCAAUUACCUAAUCGUCAUAUAAGAUCGGGCAGAUUGAAAUUUGAAUUAUGUCUUUAGUCAAAAAGCGAAUUGCUGUAAUGCAGAAAUUUAGAUGUCACGUCACACCAGGGUCGUUUCUAGGAAUAAGCGACAUAAGCGGUCGCUUAGGGCCCCCGACAACAAGGGGACCCUAACCAUGGGGGGCCCUCGAACGCUAGGGGAGGAGACUCCAAAUCACAUUCUGUGAACUCAGUAUAGUGGCCAAAUUUUGAACGCUGCUUCUUUGAAUUCAUGUGACCUUUGGUUUACCAAGAUACAUUUUUUAGCUACCAUUUGAGCCUUGCAUUUAAUUGUACGUCUUGUAAACUUAGUUCUUUGGUGCGAGUGUGCAUGGCAUUAUGUUACAGAUCAUCUGUUCUCAAAAUAUUGCGUUUUUGGUACAGUGUGAUGGAUCCAGGUAAAAAGAGAAAUACUAAGCAUAUUGUUGCCUUUCUCUAAUGUUAUGCUCGGCUAGUUUUGCAUUAUAGUACAAGCCUGAGAUGAAUAUCAAAUAUCCUUACUCCUUAAACUCUGAAAUCUUUACUACUAUUGAUCAUGGAAUCCAUGAUCAACAAAAUAUACGAGGACGCACGUUCAUUUCCGUUGCAGGUUCUGAUGAUGAGGUUGAGUCACAUUUUACCACUGAGGAUGACAGCCAUGCAGAUCCAGAGAACCUGUCUGAUUGGAGGAUCAUUCUAGUGGGGAAGACUGGCGCAGGGAAGAGUGGGACAGGAAACACCAUCCUGGGGAGAGAAGCAUUUCGAGCAGAGCUUUCCUUUGAGUCAGUUACUGAAAGAUGUGAGAAACAGAGUGGCGUGGAGAAUGGAAGGAAUAUUGAAGUCAUCGAGACCCCUGGACUCUUUGAUACGACCAUGUCAGAGGAGGAGGUGAAGGAGGAGAUCGUCAGGUGUAUAGAAAUGUCUGUCCCAGGACCCCACGUGUUCCUGCUGGUUAUCAGGAUGGGGAGGUUCACACAGGAGGAGAGGAGCACUGUGAAGUGGAUCCAGGAGAACUUUGGAGAAGAAGCCUCAAAGUACACCAUCGUGUUGUUCACUGGUAAAGAUCAGUUGAAGGGGAAAAGAGUUGAGGAGUGUCUGGAACGUUCUGUUGCACUUCAGGAACUGAUCCGAAUGUGUGGGGGAAGGUACCAUUGUCUCAAUAAUGAAGCGAGGGAUGAGCGCUCUCAGGUCACUGAGCUGCUAGAGAAGAUACAAGUGAUGGUGACAAUAAAUGGAGGAACGUACUACACCAACGAGAUGUACCAGGACGCCCAGAGAAGAUUAAGAGAGGAGGAAGAGAGGAGGAGACAGGCAGAGGAGGCGGAGAUGAGGAGAAGGGUUGAGGAGCUACUGAUACAAGAAAGAAGGAGGCAGGAGGAAGAAAGGAGGCAGGAGGAAGAAAGGAGACAAGAAGAAAGGAGGCAGGAGGCAGAAAGGAGGCAGGAGGCAGAAAGGAGGCAGGAGGCAGAAAGGAGGCAGGAGGCAGAAAGGAGGCAGGAGGAAGAAAGGAGAAAACGUGAAAAUAUUACAAUAGGUGCAACUUCCGCAUUAUCUGUUGCAGGUGUAGUGGCUGGGACUACAGUUCUCAUUGUCGCUGAAGGAGCUGUAGUUGUGGUCGCUGCACCAGUUCUGUUUGGUGUGGCGGUUGUAGCUGGUGUAGCAGCCCUUUCUUACUGGCUUGCAAAAAAAUACUGGCAAAGUGGUCGCAAUAAUGUAAAUCACCUACUGCUUUACAAAAGCAACCAUAAUAAUAUAUACAUAAACAAUUAGAUGUACAAAGAAAUGGAAAAAUAAUUAAAUGAAUGAAUAUAUGUAUAAAUAAGCGGACUCGGUACCAGAUAAGUGGAUGAAGAUGAGAUGUAUAAAUACAAAUGUGAAAAACAAGCAAAUUUAUUUCAUUAAAUAUGUCUAUUAUCCAAUAAUCUCUCUCUCAUGUAUGUAUGUAAUUCUUCAUUUAUUACUAUCUUACUGUCUUACUAUCUCCAAUAUGAUCAUAAGGGGGUGUCAAUAAAACAUUUUGGGGUGGGUUACCAGCACAGCAUUGGAAAAACAAACAAACCUUUAUUGAAAAAUAAAC